UAAAGUAUCAUGUGUUAUGAAAGAGCAACAUCUGAGCAUUAAUUGUCCUCUUUGUCCAGAUAUGGAAAGCCUGUCUCAACUAAACUCAUGAACUCAAGCAUUUCUCAAAUGCUUUCUAGUCCAAACUAUCUGGGAUAUGCACAUUUCUAAAGACCGAAACUGUGUCUUCAUGCCUUUUCAUUCUUAUUUCUACUUAGGAGAACAUCUGAGAUCUUCUUAAUGUUUCCUGAGCUAUUAAGGAGCAACAUAUGAGCAAUAACAUUGUCCUCUUUGUCCUAAAAACUCAAAUAAGAUCAUUCAAUAUAUUAAAUUGUGUAUUAAACUCACACAGAACCUGUCCUUUCACCUGUCUUUAGUGGUAAAGUGCCGUUCGUCAUAAAUAAAAACAUCCUCUACGUCUUCUGGUUUCUCCUCACAGUCUCAGAUAUGUCCAGUAGUAUCUGAAUGAUUCCUCAGUUUUCCCAGAUCUGCCCAUUUACAGUUCCUGGUUGCCUAAAGCCCUUAAGAUCCAGUCUUGUUCCAUCCAGUGAAGACCAGUCUUAUUGAAUCAGGUAUAAAUAUCCCCGAGGAGCAGGACUGAAGGCACAGACCUGACGGGGUGUGUGUGUGAGGAACAUUACUAUGGAUUUACUGCCGCUGCUUGUGUUUCUUCUGCUCUGUGCCGUCCAUCAGACCUUCACGGCUGUUUUAGGUAAAAACACAGAGUCCAGAAACUUGUUCACAGAGAGAGCCUGCUGCAGACGCCAGAGUCACAUCAUCUACAUUGGCAAAGAUAUUUCUGGCAGUCCUGUGAAUGUUGAUGUGGGUGUGUGCAGAACACAUUGUGGCCAAUCAGCACCUUCUGCGUCAUUGGAGGCGGGGUUAAUGACCUCUAAAUAUUCCUCAGUGCUUGAUUUCCUGCGACACAAAAAGACGAGGCAUUUGCAUCCAUCCUCGUCCUCUGGAGCUGCAGCGCCUGGUUCCCCGUCCUGUGGACUGAGCUCCACCUGUGAGCCGGCCGGGGUGCGUGUGGACCGCGUGAUGCUGUAUGAAGGUCUGCGGGAGGUCGAGAUCAUCGAGGACUGUCACUGCGAAGCCAAAAUGAGCCGGUGUGUCCGAGCACCAUCUCUCAAAACAUACUUCUCUGAGACUCCGUACGAAAGCGUCAUAGAUGCAGGCAAAUGUGUCGGCUCGAAAGGGGCACCAGAGGGAUUUUCAUGCGUACCGACCAAGUUUGAUUCCACCUUCAUUGAAACUCCAAACAAAGUGGAGUUGAUCCAAACAGUGGCUCAAUGCAAACUAAUGGAGGGAUGUUACCGAAUCCCGUAUGUAGAGUAUCACUACGAGAUCACGUACAACGAUGACGGAGUCAAAGUAGAAAGUCUGAGGGAAAUAGAUGUUGGCAGAUGUUUGGGAAGCUGCACCUCAGGGAGCCGCUGUCUUCUCAGGAGCGCGUCUGAUCUCGGUGAAUGUCUGCUGUGGGCUGAAGGACAGGGCAAUGCUUGUGUUCCUCAAGACUACGAGAGCCACACUUUCCUCAGUCAACAAGGCCAAAUCCGCACAGUUCUGGCCAUCACUUCCUGUCUAUGCCAGUCUUAAACACGGCGUCCUCUACUGGACGACUUCAGCAACUACAGUGGGACUUGAUGAAGUUUCCCUUAUGGAUCAUUUGCACGGCUGUAAUGUCAGGUUUGGGGAUGUGCAUUAAUGGACGGCAGUUUAAAGGCAUGAUGCAAUGAUGCCAUUUCUGAUAUUUCUGUAAUAUAUGUAAAUUAUGUAAAAAGUAUUUUGUAAAUAAAAUCUAUGUCAGAAAGUGAAGAAACCACCAUCUUUGGAUUACAUGACAAUCUGCACAGAGCAACUAAAGAAAGUAACACAUGCAAAUCAUGUCUCAGUU